AUGUACCAUGACCUCAAGAGGUACUAUCAUUGGGUCGGGAUGAAGAGGGAUGUAGCAGACUGGGUUGCGAAGUGCAACACUUGUGCCUUGGUGAAGGCAGAGCAUCAGGUUCCGGGUGGUCUUUUGCAGAGUUUACCCAUUCCAGAGUGGAAGUGGGACAGGAUUACGAUGGAUUUCGUGGUUGGACUACCUGUUUCGAGGACUUUCGAUGCUAUCUGGGUGAUUGUGGAUCGGUUGACUAAGUCCGCACAUUUCUUGGCCAUCAAGAAGACAGAUGGAGCUGCUGUCUUGGCUAGGAAGUUUGUGCGAGAGAUUGUGAGGCUGCAUGGAGUGCCAGCUAGUAUUGUGUCAGACCGUGAUCCCAGAUUCACUUCAGAGUUUUGGAGGGCGUUUCAGGCAGAGAUGGGCACUAAGGUGCAUCUGAGUACAGCUUAUCAUCCGCAGACAGAUGGUCAGUCAGAGAGGACUAUUCAGACUUUGGAGGAUUUGCUGAGGAUGUGUGUGUUGGAUUGGGGUGGCCAUUGGGCAGAUCACCUGAGCUUAGUUGAGUUUGCAUACAACAACAGCUUUCAGGCGAGUAUUGGCAUGGCUCCAUUUGAGGCUUUGUAUGGGAGGCCAUGUAGGACACCCCUAUGCUGGACCCAAGUGGGGGAGCGCAGCAUGUAUGGAGCUACUUAUGUUCAGGAGACGACAGAGAAGGUUCGUGUUGUGAGGCUGAACAUGAAGGAGGCUCAGGAUAGGCAGAAGAGUUAUGCAGAUAGACGCAGACGAGAGCUUGAGUUUCAGGUGGAGAUAGAGUUUAUCUCAAGAUGGCUAUGUUGA